AUGCAGUACAACGGGAUGCUGUCAACACCUCCAAGCCAUGCAACCCACACGCAAAUAAAGCAAUCACAAAGUCCAGCACUGACAAACAGUCCUGGAAGUAUGCCGUUUACUCACCCUCAACCUCCGAUGCGACACUUGACCAGCCCAAUUGUGCGUGUUGAGAACUACAGCAGGGAAGAAUCGCCCUCGCAUUCAGAUGACAAUAGCAGAUCCAUUAGCAAACGAAGUUUCGAUAGCCGUCGUGCUGGGAAUCAUCUUUCACCCUAUCCCCCGGACCAAUCAUCUGAUGAUGGAGAAGUGCAGCACGAAUAUGGCCAUGCACAGCCAACAUUACGCACGCAUGAGCGCAACGAAGACGGGUCUUGGGCAAAGACAGGUGCAUCUGGUCAAGCUGGCCUCAGUCCAGAUGAUCGUCAGGCCAUGGGAGAUGCUUAUAUGCCCAGCAUUGACGAUAUUGCAGACGAAUGGACCAAAAAUCACAAGAAGCUGGAAGUGCAAGAGUGGCUCACAAAGAGUGAGGUAGGUAGCGAGGCAGGUGAUCUAAAAUCAUCGAACAGCUUUUUGAAACCUGUAGCUGGGCGGCGUCGUGCGAAGAGUACGAAUGACGUUCAACGACGAGGUCCCAUAGGCAAUCUUGGGCUUGGCGUACGCACUACUUUCGAUCAAAUCGAUGACAGCGGUAUCCCUGGACCCGGUCUCUAUAUUGAUGAGCGAAGCGACUAUGGUGAAGAGGAGGACGAGGACUCCACCGAGCCCGAAUCUCCCCCGGCCGAAGUCGACUAUCAGAAUGAUCACGCUGAAACUUCGUACUUUCCUGAUAUCAAAGACUCGGUCCCAGUAUGUGAAACCGAUGUAAGGCCUUGGGUUGACGCGCCAUUGCAACCAACCAGCCCUUCGUCUCGCUACCAACCGCCUACUUCUAAUGCCGCGAUGAUGCGCUUCUGGAAUCGAGCGAAAGACAUCGAAUCCGCUUCACUAGCCGCCACGGUCGGCUCACGACGACUUAGCGAAUCCGAUCUGGGGAGCAUUCGCGCAGCGCCAGGUGUUGCAAGAUUGAUCGAGCCUGACCCAAAGAAGCAGAAAGACAGACAGCGUCGCCCGAGCUUCCUGGAAAACAUUAUAACCAAGCGAGCACCCAGCAAUCUGCUCAAGCGCAAAGGUAGUAUACCUAUUCAACCGUCGCAAGAGGUGACUGAAGAUAAGUCGAGGGAUCCUGUCAUCGAGAAGCCGACCCGGAUUGGAAGCUGGGGCCGUCCGAAGUCUCCGCGAGUCGACACCAACCUCAGCAACCACAGCAAGGAGGCAGGGCCACUGAGCUCCGCAGGAUUGUCUGCAGCAUCGGGCCCCUGGUUCCGAACACCAAGGAACGUGAUUAAGCGCAGUCGCAGCAGGAGCGACAUAGGAAGAUCACCUGGUCUCGCAGAGCUCAUGACACAACAUGGAGGCCCUCCAAUGCCUAUGCUCGCUUCACCACUGGCAGAAACUGAAGCGACACGGCCGUCCGGACAGCGAAGUACAUUUGGAGAUGAUGAGGAUGAUGAAGCGGAACCUGUGACAAUGGAUCUUAAGGUUCGGACAGACCCCAUUAUUCCGUCAUACGAGGGCUUCAGGACGCAUGCGAGGCAACUGAAUCCACGUCUGGCCGACUUCAUGGUGGAGCGAAUCACCCAAGAACAGAUGCGACGAUACAAAAGACUGCUAGAGUUCAGGGUCAAACACUUGAAUGCUGUCAAAAAUCACAAUUGCCCGUCGAACAGCUCGUCAAACAAGUUCUGCACGGAUCUUGGCGGCGAAGCAAAUCAUCUUCCCCCACGGGUUGGAAACAAGGAUGCAGAUGCACCCUUUAUUGGCUUUCAGGUAACCGCGCCCGGCUCUUCUGAGGAUGAUGGAGACCCUGGCCCGGAGGGAACCGUUAUAUCAGCUCAAUUUCCAUCGGGUGUGCCCUUACCCCCUGUCAAACGACUGCCCGCAGAGUUUGAGUGUCCUUUGUGCUUCAAAGUCAAGAAGUUUUACAAGCCGUCUGAUUGGACGAAGCAUGUGCACGAAGAUGUACAACCGUUCACUUGCACAUUUCCCAACUGUGGCGAACCGAAAUCUUUCAAGCGCAAGGCCGAUUGGGUUCGACACGAGAAUGAGCGUCAUCGAAAGCUAGAGAAUUGGACCUGCCAGAUUGCUGAUUGUUCUCAUACUUGCUAUCGGAAAGACAAUUUUGUGCAGCAUCUUGUUCGGGAGCACAAGAUUGCCGAACCUCGACAACGUACCGGUCGAGGUGGUACCAAGGCCCCUACUGGAAGUGCUGAUCAAGGUGAGCUUCGGUUGGAAAUUGUGUCUUGGGUGCGCACUGAUCCUUGCACAGACGACAUUUGGGCCAUUGUAGAGAGAUGCCGUCGUGAUACAGUCAAGCAGCCCAAGGACGAGCCGUGUCGUUUCUGUGGCAACAUAUGCAACAGCUGGAAAAAGCUGACUGUUCACCUAGCCAAGCACAUGGAGCAAAUCAGCAUGCCCAUUCUCACAUUAGUAGAGCAGAAGCAGCUCAAUGCUGAUAGCGUGAUCAGUCCCGUGGUCGAAAUGCCGGAAAGUCGCAAGUUGUCUACCACAGCGAGUAGGUCACCGAUGAAUAAUCCUUCGCGAUACAACCCUGCUUCGACUUGCGCACCAGGCAUAAACUCCAAUACCCUCUACUACCGCCAAAAUCUGAAAUCGGAGGCACCAGUCAACAUCAUGCACACGUAUCCGCCACCCCAGAUGGUUCCCUCCAAAACCCCACAAGCUGUGCAAGCCAAUGAAUACUCCACCUAUGCUGUUGGUGGGGAUUUGCACUAUCCGAAUCAAACGUAUCCUGGACUACAAAACUCGCCGAAACAACGCAGUGGCUAUGUCGAUGACAUCCACGUACCUCACCAGGCAUACUACCCUGGCAACAUGCAAACUGGUGUUGGCUAUUAUAGCGUGAAUUCGGUGGCUGCCAUGCAACAACAACAACAGCAGCAGCAGGCCACGUAUACAGAUUCUCCUGUUGAUACCACACCGUUCUCCUCUUAUUACACCCAGGAGCCGCAAAACUUGGCGAGUGAUCUACCCAACAUGAGUUACGGUUCUACGAACGGAAUGCGAUACAAUCAAGCGAACAUUCAUCCCACUAUGCCAUAUCUCGCCACGCAACAUGGCUACCAUCAACAAAACCAAUGA